CCCGGAACCCGGAACCCCGCGCCAGGGACCCGGUUUCCUGCCGGCGGGACCCGAGCGCUGCACCGAGCGCAGCCGGACGCGGUCGACGGACCCGGUCGCCGUGGCAACGCGGCGGGAGCGCGUUCCGUGGCCACCAUGCUGCCGCUGGGCUCGGCGCCGGCCCUGAACGAGCUACUGCUUCGAAAGGAGGAGGAAUGGAGGGCGCUGCAGGCCCGCCACACCAGGCUGCAGGAGGCGGCUCUGCAGGACACACAGAGCCAGCUGCAGGAGGCUCAGGGGAAACUGCGGUGCCUGCAGGAGGACUUCGUCUACAACCUGCAGGUGCUGGAGGAGCGGGACCUUGAGCUGGAGCGCUAUGACGCCGCCUUCGCCCAGGCCAGGGAGUGGGAGGAGGCCCGGCGGGCGGAGGUGAGCGAGCUCAAGAUAGAGGCAGCUAAGCUGAGGCAGGCGCUAGCCAGAGAGGCCAGGAAGGUGGAGGAGCUGCAGCAGCAGCAGCAGCUGGCAUGGCAGGAGCAUCGCCUGGAGCUGGAGCGCGUCCACAGUGACAAGAAUGGUGAGAUUGACCACCACCGGGAACAAUAUGAAAAUCUCAAAUGGAGGCUGGAGAGAAAGCUUGAGGAGCUCGACAGUGAGCUUGCUCUGCAGAGACAGGAACUGCUGCUGGAGUUUGAAUCGAAAAUGCAGAAGAGGGAGCACGAAUUCCGUCUGCAGGCUGACAACAUGAGCAACACAGCCUUGUCCCAGGAGCUCAAGGUUAAACUACUGCACAAAGAGCUGGAGGCUCUGAAGGAAGCCGGGGCGAAGGCUGCAGAGAGUCUGCAGAGAGCAGAGACCACCAACGCGGAGCUGGAGAGGGAGCUCCAGAGCCGCGCCCGGGAGCUCCAGGACCUCGAGGCUGUGAGUGACGCCCGGAUAAAGGACCUAGAGGACAAACUUCACUCUGUGCAGCUAACCAACAAGAAAGAAGAGGAAAUAUUUAAGAGGAAGCAUGAGGAGCUCGACCGUCUAGCCAGGGAGAAGGAUGCGGUGCUGGCAGCGGUGAAGGGAGCCCACGUGGAGCAGCUGCGGGAGCUGCAGGCCAGGGUUCUGGAGCUGCAGGCCCACUGCGAGACCCUGGAGGCGCAGCUCCGCAGGGCAGAGUGGAGGCAGGCAGACGCUGCCAGGGAGAAGGACACUGCCAUUGACCAACUUCGUGAAGAUGCAUCAGCUGUAAAAUCUGCCUGGGAUGCUCAGAUUGCUCAACUGUCUAAGGAGAUGGUCUCCAAAGACCUUCAGAUUCAGAUGCUGCAAGAAGAAGAGAUGAAGCUCAAGGCACAGGUGGCCCGAUUCCAGCAGGACGUUGAAAGUUGUGGUGGCUUAUUCUUGUAAUCCCAGAACUUAGGGAG